GGUUGAAGCGCAGCGGGGAGCCACUCCGCACCUGUCCUCCCGCGAAAAUAACGUAUUUUUUCCCGCUUUACCACAUUGUCAAAUGCACAUCGUUUCUGUGGAUCAAAGUACUGCCGACAGAAUAUUUAAGAUCAGAAGACCAUUAGACCUAUGCUGUGAGUUUUUGGAUUGGGAGCUGAACAUUUUACUACUGGGUUUGUCAAUCAUUUUGGUUCCAUUUGUAGAUUUUUUUUGCUCCUUCUCGGAGGAUGUCAGGUGAGCUGCCCGCGGCUUGCAGCUCCCCGCUGGCACGGAUGUGCUGAUUACUGCUCCCGUCACAUCGGCCAGACCCAGCACUCUGGCUUGGCAUGCGCAGACCGAGGACAACGGCACUGUCAGGAAAUUGAACGAAAUGGAGAUGGAUGUCUAAAAUCACCGUUAUUGUUUUUUUUUUUUCUUGUUACAUGGAUUGUGUGGAGAUAAAUUGUAUUUCGGAGGAACUUCACUCAAUUUAAUUUGCUUCAGGAUUGCAGAACAGGGGCAACAGGCUAUGUAGCGAUGCUGUUUUCCCCUGGACGUUAGUGAAGGCCUAGUGUGCCGUUAUGCAAACUUGUUAAGAGAAGAAACCCAGGCCUGCUAUGAGCCAGCUCUCUCCUUCCUUCCUCGACGGGCAGUCAGUCUACCACAGCGCGGCCCCUCGCGUCCUCCUGCAGUGAAGCGUCUGGCUCGAGACAGGUUCAGCGGUAUUUUUCUUGAUAGAACUCGUUCACAUCAUGGUUUUGGCAAUGAUGCACGGAGCCCAUGUAGUAUGGGUAGGCCUGCUCGUGUUGUGCACGGUGGAUUUGAGCACCAGCCUGGAGUUCACCGGGGCCGAGGGCCAGUGGGCCCGGUUCCCGAUGUGGAACGCAUGCUGCGAGAGCGAGAUGAGUUUCAACAUGAAAACCAAGAGCUCUCACGGGCUGUUAGUUUACUUCGAUGACGAGGGAUUCUGUGACUUUUUAGAACUUCUAAUACACAAUGGUAAACUCAGUCUCAGGUUUUCUAUAUUCUGCGCCGAACCGGCCACCGUCCUCACUGACACCGCAAUCAACGACAGCCAGUGGCACGCGGUAACAAUCAGGAGACAUUUUAAGAACACGACUCUCAUAGUGGAUAAGGAGGUCAAAUGGGUGGAAGUGAAGUCGAAAAGAAGGGAUAUGGUCGUCUUCAGCCACUUGUUUCUAGGGGGAAUACCGCCGGAAUUACGCUCUGUGGCUUUACGCCUAACUUCGGCCUCUGUGAAGGACCAGGUGCCUUUUACCGGGUGGAUAACGGACAUCAAAGUGAACAACACUGAGGCCUUGAUGCUAAACAGCGCGGGAAUUUUUAAUGAGCUUUGCGGAAAAGCCAGCGCGUGUUUAAACGGAGGGGUCUGCAGUGUGGUCAACGACGAACUGACCUGCGACUGCACUCACACCGGGUUCCAAGGCAAGGACUGCAGCGAAGAAGACUUCCCUAAUGAAGGUCUGGCGCACCUGAUGAUGGGCGACCAAGGCUCUGGGCCGGGCCCUGGAGGCCCUGGAGGCUCUGGAGGCCCUGGAGGAGGCGGCUGGCGUCUCAGGUCUCUGCUGAGCAUUCCAGGGAAGGAGGAGUAUGUGGUGACCUUCAAGGGUUCGGAGUUCUUCUGCUACGACCUGUCCCUGCAGCCCAUCCAGAGCAGCAGCGACGAGAUCACGCUCUCCUUCAAGACGCUGCAGAGGAACGGCCUGAUGCUGCACACGGGCAAGUCUGCCGACUACGUCAACCUGGCGCUGAAGAACGGUGCCGUGUCGCUCGUCAUCAACCUGGGCUCCGGGGCCUUCGAGGCGCUGGUGGAGCCCGUUAACGGGAAGUUCAACGACAAUGACUGGCAUGACGUCAAGGUUACCAGGAACCUGCGGCAGCACUCAGGCAUUGGACACGCUAUGGUGACCAUCUCCGUGGACGGGAUCCUGACCACCACGGGCUACACCCAGGAGGACUACACCAUGCUGGGCUCAGACGACUUCUUCUACGUGGGGGGCAGCCCCAGCACGGCCGACCUGCCUGGAUCCCCCGUCAGCAACAACUUCAUGGGCUGUCUGAAGGAGGUGGUGUAUAAGAACAACGAUGUACGUCUAGAGCUGUCUCGCCUGGCCAAGCAGGGCGACCCCAACAUGAAGGUCCACGGGCUGGUGGCCUUCAAGUGUGAGAACGUAGCCACCCUUGACCCCAUCACCUUCGAGACCCCGGACUCCUUCAUCACACUGGACAAGUGGAACGCCAAGAAGACCGGUUCCAUCUCCUUCGACUUCCGCACCACAGAGCCCAACGGCCUGCUCCUCUUCAGCCACGGCAAGCCCCGGCAGCCCCCCAAGGAGGGGGCCAGCGCCCAGGCCCUCAAGGUGGACUUCUUCGCCAUUGAGAUGCUGGACGGCCACCUGUACCUGCUGCUGGACAUGGGCUCAGGUACCACCAAGACCAGGGCGGUCAACAAGAAGGUCAAUGAUGGAGAGUGGUACCAUGUGGACUUCCAGAGGGACGGACGAUCAGGAACCAUCUCCAUCAACACCCUCCGCACGGCCUACACAGCUCCAGGGGAGAGUGAGAUCUUGGACCUGGAUGACCAGCUGUACCUGGGUGGUCUCCCAGAGAACAAGCUGGGCCUGGUCUUCCCCACGGAGGUGUGGACCGCCAUGCUGAACUACGGCUACGUGGGCUGCGUGCGCGACCUGUUUGUGGACGGGCAGAGCAAGGACGUGAGGCGGCUGGCGGAGGUCCAGCGCGCGGCCGGGGUCAAGCCCUCCUGCUCCAAGGAGCCGCCCAAGCAGUGCCUGUCCAACCCCUGCCAGAACAGCGGGCUGUGCAGGGAGGGCUGGAACCGCUAUGUGUGUGACUGCUCUGGGACGGGCUACCUGGGGCGCUCCUGUGAGAGAGAUGCUACCAUACUCAGCUAUGAUGGCAGUAAGUUUAUGAAGAUCCAGUUGCCGUUGGUGAUGCAUACAGAAGCUGAGGAUGUAUCGCUACGCUUUCGCUCCCAGCGGGCCUACGGCGUUCUCAUGGCAACCACGUCACGUGACUCGGCCGACACCCUACGUCUGGAGCUGGAGGCGGGGCGCGUGAGACUCACCGUCAACCUAGACUGUAUCAGGAUUAACUGCUCCUCCAGUAAGGGUCCAGAGACUUUAUUUGCGGGUCAGAACCUGAAUGAUAACGAGUGGCACACAGUCAGGGUGUUCAGGAGAGGCAAGAACCUGAAGCUUACCGUGGAUGACCUGCCUGCUGUGGAAGGUCAGAUGGCGGGUGACCACACUCAGCUAGAGUUCCACAACCUGGAGACGGGCAUCGUGACGGAGAAACGCUUCCUGUCCCUCGUACCCUCCAACUUCAUCGGCCACCUCCAGAGCUUCUCCUUCAACGGCCUGGCCUACAUCGACCUCUGCAAGAACGGAGACAUCGAGUACUGCGAGCUCAACGCAAUGAUCGGCUUCAAGAGCAUCGUGGCUGACCCGGUGACCUUCAAGUCGCGCUCCAGCUACGUGUCGCUGACCACCCUGCAGGCCUACUACUCCAUGCACCUGUUCUUCCAGUUCAAGACCACCUCCUCUGAUGGACUCAUCCUCUUCAACAGCGGCGACGGCAAUGACUUCAUCGUGGUGGAGCUGGUCAAGGGGUACCUCCACUAUGUGUCUGACCUGGGAAAUGGAGCCCAUCUCAUCAAGGGAAACUCCAACAAGCCUCUGAACGACAACCACUGGCACAACGUCCUCGUCUCCAGAGACACCAACAACCUGCACACCGUCAAGAUCGACACCAAGGUCACCACCCAGACCACCAUGGGGGCCAAGAACCUGGACCUGAAGGGUGACCUCUAUAUUGGCGGUGUUGCCAAGGAGAUGUAUAAGGACCUGCCUAAGCUUGUGCACGCCAGGGAGGGCUUCCAGGGCUGUCUGGCGUCUGUGGAUCUGAACGGCCGGCUGCCUGAUCUGCUGUCUGAUGCGCUGGCCUGCGUGGGCCAGAUAGACCGCGGCUGUGAAGGCCCCAGCACCACCUGUCAGGAGGACUCCUGUUCUAACCAGGGGGUGUGUCUUCAGCAGUGGGAGGGGUUCACCUGUGACUGCAGCAUGACGUCCUACGGAGGCCCGCUCUGCAAUGACGCUGGAACCACAUACAUAUUUGGUCGUGAGGGUGGUCUGAUCACCUACACCUGGCCCCCUAACGACCGUCCCAGCACGCGGGCGGACAGACUGGCGGUGGGCUUCAGCACGCAGCUGAAGGAUGCCGUGCUGGUGAGGGUGGACAGCUCCUCCGGCCUGGGAGACUACCUCAAGCUGCACAUCGAGAAAGGCAACAUCGCUGUGGUGUUCAACGUGGGCACAGAUGACAUCAACAUCCAGGAGACGGCUAAGUUUGUUAACGAUGGGAAGUACCAUGUAGUGAAGUUCACGCGUAGCGGUGGCAAUGCUACACUGCAGCUGGAUGAUUUACCUGUCAUAGAGCGCUACCCUACAGGCCACAAUGAUAAUGAGCGCCUGGCGAUCGCCAGACAGCGAAUCCCUUAUCGGCUCGGUCGAGUAGUUGACGAAUGGCUACUCGACAAAGGCCGCCAGCUCACCAUCUUCAACAGCCAGACCACCAUCCAGAUCGGCGGCUGGGAGCGCGACCGUAGCCGCCCCUUCCAGGGCCAGCUGUCUGGGCUGUACUACAACGGGCUGAAGGUGCUGAACAUGGCAGUGGAGGGGGACCCCAACGUGCGCGUCCUGGGCAGCGUGCGCCUGGUGGGCGACGCCCCGGCCUCCUCCAUCACCCCGCAGGCCAGCGCCACGGCCAACCGCUCGGACACCUCCACCGUGGAGUCCACCACCUCCUCCAGCCGCAGGGGCAAGAUCACUACACCCCGCCAGCCCCAGCAGACAACUGAUGACCUGCUGGUUGCGUCGGCCGAGUGUCCGAGUGAUGACGAGGAUAUUGACCCGUGUGAGCCGAGCUCAGGUGGGUUAGCCAGCCCCACAGGUGCCCCUCCCAAGGAGUAUCCUGGGCCCUCAGAGGUGUUCCGGGAGAGCAGCAGCACCACAGGCAUGGUGGUGGGCAUCGUGGCAGCGGCCGCCCUCUGCAUCCUCAUCCUGCUCUACGCCAUGUACAAGUACCGCAACCGCGACGAGGGCUCCUACCAGGUGGAUGAGAGCCGCAACUACAUCAGCAACUCUGCCCAGGCCAACGGCGCUGCACUGAAGGAGAAGCCUGCCAACAUGGCCGCCAAGACGGGGGGGAAGGGCAAGAAGAACAAAGACAAGGAGUACUACGUGUGAUUGGCUGCUCCUCGUCUCUGGACUCUGCUGCAGAGACAGGUGCGAGGAAACGCCUGUACAGGAACUUCUAACUGAACUCAACUAUAUUUAGUCUUCAUUUGGGACUUGAGGAUCGGCGGGACUUUGCAACAUUGAGGAUCUGGAGGGACAACUUCCUGUGUGGUUGUACGAGAACACAGAGGAUUGUGGGAUAGCACAUGGAGGUCUUGUCACAAGACGUUUGAGGAGCAGAGACAGCAUGACUCCCUCCACUGACUCACUGCCCCUAAACAGUGCCAUCUCUCUGUCUCUCUCCUUCCAUUUCUUUCUCUUUUCCUCCCUCCCUCUCUCUCUUUCUCUCUCUCUUUUUCCUCUCUCCCUCCCUCUCUCUCUCUGGCCUCUGGAGAGAAGGGAGGAGAGGACAUUUUGAGAGAAACUCCCUAUAUGUCAGUCUGUGUGUUCACUGACAGUGUUUGUGUACCCGGGACCUUGUCUAGAACAGCAGCAUCAACAAGUAAACACAGAAACCUGGCAGAGGACAGAGGACAGCAGAAGCACAGAGGA